GGAACCAUUUUUCACGAACUAAAUACUUCCAGGGACCUUUUUAAAACAGACCUCUCAAACUGACACAAUGAGAAUGCAACCAACCUUGAGUGUGCUGUAUUAGCAUAUUCAUUUUGUGGCCGUAUACGUUUUUUUUUACACACAUCGGAACUACAGCACAGUUUUGUGUCCUUACGUUACUGAAGUGGGCGUAGCUUUAAGUUAGGCUGUGGCGGGUUUCAUGCUGUAGUUUUCACGUUUUUGGAUUUGUUUUGCGAUCGGUCACUUACAGUAAAAGGAUGAAAAGAAAAUCAACACAAAAAUCAAGUCAUGUAGUUGCUUGGCUUAACAAAGCAGAAUGGGAUCAGGUUCUCGAAUAUCUGUACUCCAAAGACUGUGCAUUACAGAAAUACGCUUUACAAAGACUCUCUGCUUGGAAAGCCAGGUUUGUUAAUAGCACACCUGUGGCUGUGGAGAGCACAGCAGAAUUGGUCCGAUGUCAAGUAUUGGAUGCCUCUGGAAAACUGGAUACAGAUGAACUAAUCUUGCUGUAUGGAAUGGCUCUUGUAAGGUUUGUGAAUUUAAUCACAGAACGUAGGCAGAAGAUAGUGUCCAUUCCCCUGAGGCGACUGGCCAGUCAGAUGAACAUCCCAGAAUGGGUAGUGAAUCUUCGACAUGAGAUAACUCAUGGCAAGCUCCCUACUUUGUACUGGUGCCGAAAAGGUUGUAAGUUUGUUUUGGAUUGGCUACAUCAGGAGUACUGGUCUCGCCAGCUGGGAAGCACGCUAGCAGAGCCCUGGGAUUCUGACUCAGUAGGGGAGGAAGAAGAAGAUCUGGAAGUGGAAGAUGACUUCACUGACAGACAUAGAAAACGAGAAAUUUACCGGAAAGCAAGAGACUUGUUGUUAUCCUACAAAAAAGAACAAUUUCAGGUUCUUGAUGAACUUCAUAAAGAGGACAAAGUAAAGAAACUAUGGCCCAGUCCUUCUUCUGACUUGGAGUGGAUAGUGAUGCAAAUCAAAGACUUUGAAACAGAGUCUAGAGAGGCUUUGCUGGAUGUUCUGCUUGGUGAUGGCUUUCUUGUCCCAACAUUGGAACAGCUUGAGAUUUUAGAUAUCGAACCUUCAGACAGCUCUGAUACUUCAAUACCCUGCAUCCCUCGUCUGUUUCUUCAAUUCUGGCUGCCACUUCUACGGGUCCUUAACUCCCAUAUGUUCAUCCAGACGAUGACUGAGAAGCUGUUUUUGCAGCUGCAGCUCUGCAGCGAGACCUCUGAACACAGGACUUUCUACAUCUCUGGUUGGAUUUCUGAAAUCCUGUCCUGCAAUAACAGAGCAGGGAAAACAGUCAAAGGUCUCACUCCAAGUCAAAGGAAAAUGAGAAACAAAUUUCAGAUGUUUGUGAACCCAGUUCGACUACAGUGGAAAAAGCUGCUGUCGUUGUGCCUUGAUGCUCCUUGUGUGGCAACACCACACUUGCUGCAACAAAUCCUGACAGAUAUGGACAAGCCCUUACCUCACGACACCCAGCAGAAGCUGCUUCAUCUCUGCUGCAUCUACACACAGAGAAGUGGUUCCUGCCCUUCCCCAGACACAGAGCAACAAGAACAGCCUGUUUACACAUUGGAGACUCUUCACAAGAGGGCCGUGAAAGAGUCUCCACAUGUUGUCACCCACAAUUCCAACACAAUGUCCCAGGCCAUCCCAAAAGACCCAGUGACAGUUCCUGAGAUUAAGGAGGACCUACAGGAGCACCUGAGUCUAGAGGUCAUAGCUGAGAGAGCAAUGGCACUGAAGGGGUCACCGUGGCAGAUAUGCACAGACAACGUGAAAUGGAAGAAUUACCCACUUGGUAAAGUGCCAGGUCAGUCUGAUGACCCAGGUUGCCUGAUGGUGGACAGUUUCUCCACAAUAUCAGUGUUGGAUCAGCUUCUUGAUAUUGACAAGACAGCCCCCCACAGCACAUACACCAGUGAAUCUGGACUAAACCAUGCUGUUACCGAUGGACCAUUGUGGACACACAGUGAUCUUAGCAAACUGAAAGCAGGCCUACAGUUGUUUUAGAAAAAUAUAUUUUACAUAAUGAAAUAAUGCAUAGAAAAAAGAGGACAUAUUUUCAGUCUUUAUUUUAAUGUGGUCAAGAAAGAUUGGAUUACAGGGAACACACAAGACCUAUAUGUGGUCAUUCAUAGAACUAUUGAUGGGAUUUAAAGAUCUUUAGUGUCAUGAAAUGUAAACAUCUUAAUCCAAAGUAUUUUUUUUUUUAUUUGUUGGUGACUGUCCAGACAAUGCAGCUUUAGCGUACUGGAACUGCUAUGUUUGUUGUAUGGUGCUCCGUAAUCUCUUGCAGACAUGCUUUUUGCAGACGUAUUUUUACUUGUGUUAGCCAACCUUUCAACUGUGGAACCAGUUACCUUUAAAACGAAAAAAUGAAAUGCCUGAAAAAUUCUUCUCUGAUGUAUUGUGUUCAGAAGAACAUCUGUUAACAGUGAAAUCUGUGGACCAAAGCCUGUACAAUCCAACUGUUAUGUCAUCUUAUGAUUAAAUGUAAUAAAUAGGGUUUUUUCUAUCAA